CAUGAAUCUUUAUGGCGGGCAGAGAAGUUGUCAGAAACUGUUCCAGGAGCAGCWCCGCUUAAAACUCUGAGCUCCAACAUGGUUGAAGGUCCAGGCUGUACGUUAAACGGAGAGAAAAUCCGCUCGAAAGUCAAAACGGGGCAGAAAGUGAWAGAGGUCAAGUGUAGUUCAACUGCAACGACUAAAAACAGUUCCGGGACAAACAAUGUGUUUGACAGCUUUGUUGGUUGUCAGUACACCGGUGUSCAAACUCUUGGCAAGGAGCUCUUCCUCUACUUUGGAUCAAGAGCUCUGAGAGUCCACUUUGGCAUGAAUGGAUCGAUGCGGAUAAAUCCCACUCAGACGAAGGUUAAAACAGGCUUUGCAGCAACGCUGGAAAUACACCUUACCAACGACAUUGUGGCCUUCUUUGACAGCACUGUAGAAAUAAGGUUGACGGAGGACUGCGAGCAGAAGGUCGGGGCGACRGAGAGCCUGGAUAUAUGCUCCUCCAGGUUCAGCCUCUCCCGCUCCGAGGAGGCGGUGAGGAGCCAAAGUGGCAGGAUGCUCUGCGACGUUCUCCUAGACCAAGCCGUCAUGCCGGGAGUCGGCAACAUCAUUAAAAACGAAGCCCUGUUUGACUCGGGCCUCCACCCAGCCGUGAAGGUGCAGCAGUUGACCGAGGAGCAAAUCCGUCAUUUGGUGAAGAUGACUCGAGACUUUACUCUACUUUUUUAUAAGUGUCGCAAAACUGGCUCUCCUCUUUACAAACAUUACAAAGUCUACAAGCGUUCCCAGUGUGGCCAGUGCUCUCAUGUCAUCACAGUGUGUCGUCUCGGAGACAACGGCAGGAUGACUUACUUCUGCGAGCGCUGUCAGAAAGGAGAUCCCUCCGGAGUUGACAUCAGUAAGCUGCCACUUAGAAACAGUCUGAUCGGUUGGGCUUAUAAUGAGAGAAGCAGCGAUGAUGUGGCUAAGAAGGAGGAAGAGGACUGGGCUUGUCAACUCUGCACGCUCAUCAACCAGCCAGCAGCCAAAUGCUGUGAUGCCUGCCUCACUCCAAAACCUGAAGCCCACAAAGACGACAUUAGCGCUGAAGCAUCGCCCUUCACUGCUGAUUUAAUUAAAUACCCCUGCAAUGCCUUCAGGAAACCACAAGAGGAGCUCAAAGUCAACUGGAGGUCUGCGUUUGGGACUUCCACCCUUGUUUUCUCUGACAURAGUAAGAAGCCAAAGCCUGUAAACUCUCCACUCUCUCCAGCCGGCAGUCAUUUGAAUUCCUUGGCGGCAGAGCGAGGUUUAUAUAAAAACAGCUUCUGCCAAGGGACAACAAGCCCCAAUUACGCCUCUGGUGGCUGGCAGAGGCAAAGUGCCGAGCUCUCCAAAAGGGAAUCGCUGGCCUCCUACAGUCACCCAUCUAAGAAAAUGAGAAUUGAUCACAGUCCCUUUCCCAGUAACAAACCUCAAAAUGGAGCCCCCAACUCAGGUGUGUGCGAAACACAGGCAUCCAGCACCGCAACCCCCUCCUCCUCCUCCUCCAGUCCCACUGCCCCUUGUUGUGCAUCGCAUUGGCGUCCAGCUGUCCUCAGAGUGGUCCACAAGGAGGGGGAGAACAAGGGACGCCAUUUCUACACCUGCUCUCUACCAAGAGAAACCAAGUGUAACUUCUUUGAGUGGGCUGAUUUGCACUUCCCUUUUUGUCACCAUGCUAAACGCUGUUUGAUGAGGACGGUUCUGAAGCUGGGUCCAAACAACGGGCGGACUUUCUACACCUGCAGCCUUCAAAAGGGCAAACAGUGUGAUUUYUUCCAGUGGGCAGAGAGAGGACCGGGGGUUUCCAUCCUUCCUGGGUGUUGACGCACAUCAACCAAAUAAUAACCUAUUUUCUAUGUGUUUUUUUCUUUCUUAAAUACACUGUGUAAAAAAUGUUACUCAGUGUGAAUAUGUUUGUAAUUAACUGUGACCUUUUAAAUGAUGACCUACCACUGUUUUCAUCUAAUAAAGAUCGUUUCUCAUCUC